AUGUGUAUUUCGAAUAUCAACGACAACUGCAUCCGCUAUCAAUCAAACAUCAGCGGUCUUUCAAGGCUCUCGCAAAAUAUCUUGGGCAACGCCGGACCCGACAAAAGAAAAGCGCUUGGCAUAAAUUUCAAUCAUCUGGAAAGACAGCCCAAAAGGAGUAUCACCAGAGUAGGUUCCACUCAAAACAGUAUUGGUCAGCGCAACAAGGAUGCCUCUAAAAUCUACCGAGAACUAGAUCCAGCUUCGCGAGACCUCUACAACAAAACUGAUGAUGACGACUGGGUUGAUGCGGACUCCACUGAAGAUCCUAAUGCUGAUGACCGAUCACAGUUUGAUGUCCGGCGUCAGUCAACAAAGAAACUACUUGCUAAUGUUGACAUCUGGGCUAAGGGUGUACAGCUCAAGCUGAAGGAGUUGAGUGAUGGGCUUGGACUUGAAGGUUUCUUAGUAAUUGCUGAUCAGGACCAUCGCCAACCUUACUUCUUUCAAGGAGGAAGUUUGCUUGGGGAUGUAUUUCUGCGUGGCCUGAUUGACGAAGGGGAUGCAAUUUGUCGGUUUGCCGUCUGGACUGCAGGAACAAAGAUCAGAACAAAACCAGCUUCAAAGAUCACCACACCAGUUGUUAGCGCUGUUUGCAAUGCUUCCAAAUCAAAUGAUACCUCAAAGACGCCUGAUAUCAACAAUUAUCACCCUCCUGAGGAGCCAGACAUCAAUAGUCCUGAAGAAAAUCGUGAUGUGUGUCAGGGAGGUCUGGCCCAAAACCAUCAUUAUCUUUCCACCAUGCUCCGUGACAUGUACAGUCAAGCUAUUGGCCUGACUGACUCAACAUCCCCGUGGCCUGGGACUGAUACCCUCUAUAGACUCAAGAAAAAAAACCUUAAACUGGUAAUUGCUGAGAACCCGGGGCAGUUGGGAUUGCACCACUUCUCGCAACCUAUCAAGAAGCUUCUCCUACCCCAAACAUACCCUUUGCUACGCGGCCUCAAGAACAACUGGAUUUUGCUUGUUAAGAUUGAAGAGUCUGAGGGACUAGCACCAACCAACCGAGCACCAAUUGCAGCAUCGAAAGAAGUAGCACCAAUUGUGGAAUCCGAGGACCCAGUUUCCAUGGAAAUUGACGACAACCAGAGCUUUGAAAAAAACAAAAGCAGCUCUGACACCACUGAUCAAGCAUUUGAAUGGAUUAGUUUUGACCAGGAUCAUCUUCAGUACAACUCGGUGCCUACCCAUUUGAGGCAUUCUAUCUCACUAAUCUGUAAUGUUCCAGGUGAUGGACAUUGUGGGUUCAGUUCAGCAGCUGUGAGUAUGGGCCUCCGCAAAAGUAAUCCCUGGGAAGAUGUACGAAGGGCUAUGGUGGAAGUUAUGGAUAAAAUUGAGGUAUACAAAAAUGAGAAGUACUUAUCCACGGUAUCCGAUUGCAUUCCUUUCGAUCAAUUGCGCUUCAAUCUAAAUUACUUCCAUCCUUUUGCGAGCAAGACCCAUUGGAUCAACUUUCCUCGACACGGAGAUCUUCUCGCAGAUGCUUUUCAACGGCCAGUCAUUCACAUUUCAAACUUGAUCAUUGCAACCUAUCUUCCUUUGACUUAUGGGCCAACAAACAACCCCCCAAUCUUUGUUGUUUAUUUAGAAGGCCAGUAUCACUAUAAUGCUUUUCAAUUCAAAGGGAGUGUUUUUCCUGCACCUAGAAUCUCUAAUCACUGGUUCAAGUGGAAAAGCAAAGCGGCCUCAGAGUGGGAAAGCUUUAUUCAAUUGAACCGUGAUGAAUGGGACCCCAAAGAUUUCCUCCAAAUCCAAAUGUAA